GAGCAUCUCGCUACACAGCACCAUUUUCUGUUGAGGAAUCGUAGAGUUCGCAUCGUAUCUAGUGUCUUGUCUUGUAUCGCAGUUCAAGAUGACCGGCCGUGGUAAAGGAGGAAAGGGAUUGGGAAAAGGAGGAGCGAAGCGCCAUAGAAAGGUUUUGCGUGAUAACAUUCAAGGUAUCACCAAACCAGCUAUUCGCCGAUUGGCUAGACGUGGUGGUGUCAAGCGUAUUUCUGGCUUGAUUUAUGAGGAGACCAGAGGUGUCCUGAAAGUCUUCUUGGAAAACGUCAUCCGUGAUGCUGUGACUUAUACAGAACAUGCCAAGAGGAAGACCGUAACAGCUAUGGACGUGGUUUACGCUCUGAAACGCCAAGGAAGAACCCUCUACGGCUUUGGUGGUUAAUGCGAUUUACACCUCGAGAAAAUUAAAUCAACGGCCCUUUUCAGGGCCAACAAAUUUUCAAAACGUAGGAAUCUUCUCUGGAAAGCAUGUUAUACAAAUAACUUGAAAUAUACAAAAAUUUUAUUAAUAAAAAAUAAGUAUUACAUCUUCAUUUCUAUGAUGAAAAA